AUGGGACGCCAUUAUAGCGUAAAUAUACGUACUUCCGUCCUUCCUUCCUUCCUUCCUUCCUUCCUUCCUAUCUAUCUAUCUAUCUAUCUAUCUAUCUAUCUAUCUAUCUAUCUAUCUAUCUUAGACUGUAUAAUAUGUAGCUGUGUGCUUUCUAUCAUUGUGUUCAUUAUUCAUUAUCUAUCUAUCUAUCUAUCUAUCUAUCUAUCUUGUGUUCAUUAUCUAUCUAUCUAUCUAUCUAUCUAUCUAUCUAUCUAUCUAUCUAUCUAUCUAUUAUUUAUCUAUCUCAGACUGUUCAUUAUCUAUCUAUCUAUCUAUCUAUCUAUCUAUCUAUCUAUCUAUAUUGUGUUCAUUAUCUAUCUUUGUGUUCAUUAUCUAUCUAUCUAUCUAUCUAUGACUGUUCAUUAUCUAUCUAUCUAUCUAUCUAUCUAUCUAUCUAUCUAUCUAUCUAUGACUGUUCAUUAUCUAUCUAUCUAUCUAUCUAUCUAUUCUAUCUAUCUAUCUAUCUAUCUAUCUAUCUGUCUGUCUAUCUAUCUGUCUGUCUGUCUGUCUAUUUCGUUUAUUCUAGGUGUUUUUAUUUCCUUUGUUUUAUCGAUUCAUGGAUUAGCCACGUUUUACAAAGUCAUAAAUUUUCGGUCACUGUCGAAUAUGUAA